AUUUUAACGGCGAGAAGAGGAGGGGAACUCGCCGGAUCCAUCCAUCGCUGUGGGUGGUUUUAAUUUUUCGUUUUUCUCCUAAUUUUUUUUUUUUUAAAAGCAACAACCACUCUUCACAAUGAACAAACUGUAUAUCGGAAACCUCAGCGAGAACGCCGUUCCCUCGGACCUAGAAAGUGUCUUCAAGGACGCCAAGAUCCCUGUGUCGGGACCCUUCCUGGUGAAGACGGGCUACGCGUUCGUGGACUGUCCGGACGACAGCUGGGCCCUCAAGGCCAUCGAGGCGCUUUCAGGUAAAGUGGAACUGCACGGAAAACUCAUAGAAGUUGAGCACUCGGUCCCCAAAAGGCAGAGGAUUCGGAAACUUCAGAUACGAAAUAUCCCGCCUCAUUUACAGUGGGAGGUGCUGGAUAGUUUACUAGUCCAGUAUGGAGUGGUGGAGAGCUGUGAGCAAGUGAACACUGACUCGGAAACUGCUGUCGUCAAUGUAACCUAUUCCAAUAAGGAGCAAGCCAGACAAGCUUUAGACAAGCUGAACGGGUUCCAGCUGGAGAACUUCACGCUGAGAGUGGCCUACAUCCCUGAUGAGAUGGCGGCCCAGCAGAGCCCCUCACAGCAGCCUCGUGGCCGGCGUGGGUUUGGCCAGAGGGGCUCCUCGAGGCAGGGGUCUCCAGGGUCAGUGUCCAAGCAAAAGCCGUGUGACUUGCCUCUGCGCCUGCUGGUUCCCACCCAGUUCGUUGGAGCCAUUAUAGGAAAAGAAGGCGCCACCAUUCGGAAUAUCACCAAACAGACCCAGUCUAAAAUUGAUGUCCAUCGGAAGGAGAACGCAGGUGCCGCCGAGAAGUCCAUUACUAUCCUCUCUACCCCUGAGGGCACCUCUGCAGCUUGUAAGUCUAUUCUGGAGAUUAUGCAUAAAGAAGCUCAAGAUAUAAAAUUCACAGAAGAGAUUCCUUUGAAGAUUUUAGCCCAUAAUAAUUUUGUAGGACGUCUCAUUGGUAAGGAAGGACGGAAUCUUAAAAAAAUUGAGCAGGACACUGACACUAAAAUCACAAUAUCUCCAUUGCAGGAGCUGACACUGUACAAUCCAGAGCGCACCAUUACGGUGAAAGGCAACGUGGAAACCUGCGCCAGAGCGGAGGAAGAGAUAAUGAAGAAAAUCAGGGAGUCUUAUGAAAACGAUAUUGCUUCCAUGAAUCUUCAAGCACAUCUAAUUCCUGGAUUAAAUCUGAACGCCUUGGGUCUGUUCCCACCCACGUCUGGGAUGCCACCUCCCACCCCAGGGCCCCCAUCAGCCAUGACUCCUCCUUACCCGCAGUUUGAGCAGCAGUCUGAAACGGAGACCGUCCAUCUCUUCAUCCCAGCGCUGUCUGUAGGCGCCAUCAUCGGCAAGCAAGGGCAGCACAUCAAACAGCUUUCUCGCUUCGCAGGAGCAUCUAUUAAGAUCGCUCCAGCAGAAGCACCAGAUGCUAAAGUGAGGAUGGUGAUUAUCACCGGGCCACCGGAGGCUCAGUUCAAGGCUCAGGGAAGAAUUUAUGGAAAAAUUAAAGAAGAAAAUUUUGUUAGUCCUAAAGAAGAGGUGAAACUUGAAGCUCACAUCAGAGUGCCGUCCUUUGCUGCUGGCAGAGUUAUUGGAAAAGGAGGCAAAACGGCAAGUACUUCAGCAAAACCUGUGCAGUGGUAUGAAAGGGAAAGCACUGAAAGGUGAAUGAGCUCCAGAAUUUGUCAAGUGCAGAAGUUGUAGUUCCCCGUGACCAGACUCCUGAUGAGAAUGACCAGGUGGUCGUCAAAAUAACUGGGCACUUCUAUGCUUGCCAGGCAAGUGGGCUCCAGUGUGUCAGGGCAGCCAUUCUCCCCUGGGGGUCUCCACAUCAUAUAAAUAUUCAAGGCUGUGUUUGAUGCUUAAUACGUUAAAUCCCCCUUUCAGCAGGUGGUUUUAGAGACUCUGCUAGCAAACUAAUUAGUACGUAUCUCUAAUCUUCAAAUAAAUUUUAAUUUGAAGUUAAUUUAAAAAAUGGGAGAGGUAAAAUAACUUCCUAUAAUAUUUGAUCAGGUAGAAAUUUCAAGGCCCUCUCCUUUUGCAGGUUGCCCAGAGAAAAAUUCAGGAAAUUCUGACUCAGGUAAAGCAGCACCAACAGCAGAAAGCUCUGCAAAGUGGACCAUCUCAGUCAAGGCGGAAGUGAAGGCUCAGGAAACAGCCCACCACAGAGGCAGACGCCAAACCAAAGACAGACUGCUUAACCAACAGCCGGGCGCUGACCCCUUACCCAGCAUCACAUGCACAAGUUUUUACCUAGCCAGUUGUUUCUGAGGACCAGGCAACUUUUGAACUCCUGUCUCUGUGAGAAUGUAUACUUUAUGCUCUCUGAAAUGUAUGACACCCAGCUUUAAAAAAAAAAAAAAGAAAAAAGAAAAAAAUGAGGGGGGAGGGAGGGAAAGAGACGAACUCUGCACUUCCCUUUUGUUGCAUUUCUCAGUAUAACAAAUAUCUAAUUUUUUAAAAUAUUCAUUUCCCCCGUGAUGCCAGAAAUCGGUUUAAAUGGUGCAUUCAUGAAACUCAUCAAAUAAAACUAGAUUGCUCCUAAGUCCAAUUGUUAAAAUUGGAUCAGAACAGAAUUAUUACAAGUACUUAAAUGUUAACCUAUUAGCAUAGAAAGACUGUUCUCAGUUUAACACUAACACAAAUAACCUAAGGGAAGUGCUGAAUGGUGUUGGCAGGGGUAUUAAACGUGCAUUUUUACUCAACUACCUCAGGUACUCAGUAAUGCAAUGAAAGCAAAAUUGUUUUGUUUUGUUUUGUUUUCUGAAAAUUUUAUAUACUUUAUAAAGAUAAGUCCAACUGUUUUUUAAAAAAUAAAUUUAAUUAGCUAACAGGCAAAUAACUGAAAAAUUUUACUUCUGGCUGGUGACAGUAAAGCUGGAAAAAUUUCAUGUUUUUUGAGGCUUAUGACAGUUAUUAGUUGGAAAAUCCAAUAAAUGUUCAGUGAUACGGAGCAGUGCCUAUAUUUGGAGAGCAGCAAAUACCUUUUGUUUGUGGUAGGGAAGUUUUUGAUGGUACUAACAAAGUGGUUGCAGGAGGUUUUGGAACGACUAGUUUUAAAUGGCUUCAGGAGACUUCAGUUUUUCUGUUUGGCUAUGUGAUUGAAUGCAUAAAUGCUUUGUGCUUUUGACUAUCACUACCUAAAGUAAGUGUAUCUAUGGAGACAUGCAGCCCCCGUGAACUUAACUGACUGGCAGAAGAAAGCUUUAGCUUGCCUUACAGGAUGCUUAGUUUGCCAAUACACUUCAGACCAGUUGGUCUAUGCUUGGAGCAGACCCCAAAAGAUUUGCUUUGUGAAGACCAGUGGGGCAGUCAGAUGGUGUGACAGUGUUUAAAGGCAAUAAAAAGGCUACAUCUCCAUGUGCCAGGCACUGUCGUGAGCCUCAAAGUAAGCUGUUUUGAAGAUUUUAAGCAAUGAUAAAUCAAGAUAAAUGAAAGGCCACCUAAAAUAUUACAUACAAUGUAGGAGGAUUUCUGUAUUCUCUGCAACCAGUUAUCUGAAAAUAAGUCAAAAGGUAGAAAAAGAAAAGAACUUUGGAAAUAUAAUUUCAAUGACUGUGAUAAUACAUUUGACCUUUGCUACUGAAUGCAUUCACCCAUUCCUUAACUUGAUGGCAAAGCCUGGUAUGUACAAUUAGAUGGGUGUGAGUGGUCUCCGAGGCCACACUGCUCUCAGAAUUGUGUUGCUUUUGUUCAUUAAAUAAUCACAGUCAUCAUAUAAUACUGAUCUGAAGGGCAGAUAUAACCCUUAAAGUAUCAUUUUGCUUCAUUUGUAUUUCAAGAUGAAUUUCUACACAGACUAGGUAAGUUCUUCUGAAGAUCACUGUAUCUAUCAAUUAAACAUUUUGAAAAUGACUUGAAAUGUUUUUCUAAAUGUUUUCAGAAAACCAGUUUAUUUUGUAGUUUUAGCCAAAAAGUGCCCUUUUUGUCAUGGAAUUCAUCAAGCUUUUUUUUUUUUUCUAUACAAUGAAUUGCUUAAAAAAAGUAAUGGAUUGGCUUUCUGGUUGGAUUUUGGGUAAAAUGGGCUUAAGGCCAGAGCUUUUCCUCAGUAUUUGAUUUUUCAAGCUUUUUUUUUUUUUUUAAUACAGAUAGGUGCUACAUUUAUAUCUGCCUGUUUAAAUUCUGUCAUAUUUCAUUUCUAGCCUUCUAGUGUGACAAAUCAUGUUUUACUUUCAAUGAAGUAUUGGUAAUGGAGUAUCUGGUAAUACUAGGAAGUAAUUCUGUAAUUGAGUUUUGUACUCACCACAUAUGGAUCAUUCCUCAUCUGUAAUGUGCCCCAAAUGCGGCUCCAUUUUCCAGAUACCUUGAUGCAGAAUAAAGUACUUCAUUAUUAGGUGCA